AUGACAUUGGGUCUGGACAUCAUGGAGGAUCUUGUUAUCGACGUGGUCGGGGAAGGACUCAGAGACCCCGGAGAGGAGCAGCCGGACCCUCUGGAUGAGAAGGAGCCAGGAGCUUCCAGCAGCCCGAGCAGAGACACGUUCAGCCCGGUCCCGGGGUGCGAUCCCCCGGCUAAGAGCAAGGGUCCCACCUCGGUGAAGCCUCCAUACUCCUACAUCGCCCUGAUCACCAUGGCCAUCCUGCAGAGCCCGAAGAAGAGACUCACCCUCAGCGAGAUCUGCGACUUCAUCAGCCAGCGCUUCGCCUACUACCGGGAGAAGUUCCCCGCGUGGCAGAACUCCAUCCGGCACAACCUGUCCCUGAACGACUGCUUCGUGAAGAUGCCCCGGGAGCCCGGCAACCCGGGCAAGGGCAACUACUGGACCCUGGACCCCAACUCGUCGGACAUGUUCGAGAACGGCAGCUUCCUGCGGCGGAGGAAGCGCUUCAAGCGGCAGCACUUCCGCUUCGACCCGCUGAAGGAGCAGCACCUGGAGCCCAACGGCCUGCACGGCUUCCCGGGGGCGUACGGCCUGCAGCUGCCCGGCCUGGAGGUCUACCCGUACCUGCAAGCCCCCCACCACCACCACCCCCCCUCCUCCAUCCCACCUGUCAGCAGCAUCCUGCCGGCCCUGUCCAGCUUCUUCUCCCGCAGCGCGCUCACAGCCAAGGCCUUCCUCCUCCAGUCGCAGGCGGCGGGCAUCGAACCCUUCUCCGCGGCGGUGGCCCAGUGUCCAGGCUUCUCCUCCCCCCCACUGGGCCCCGGUGCACCGUACGGAUCCCCUGGGCUGUUCCACCCGCCCCCCCACUUCCUCACUUUGCAGCAGGAGUAUCAGAAACUUCAGACUCAACGCGUGGCUCUGGUCAAACACAUGCACAGCAGCAGCAUCGAGUGA